AUGAAUUUAACCUUCCUAAUAACUGUAAUGUUGUUGUUCUCUUCCAGUUCUGCCUAUGAUAACGUCAACAAAGUUCGAGUUGCUAUAAAAAAAAUCAGUCCUUUUGAGCAUCAGACGUAUUGCCAGAGAACUCUGAGAGAGAUUAAGAUUCUGCUGCGCUUCAGGCAUGAGAAUAUUAUUGGAAUAAAUGAUAUCAUCAGAGCUCCAACUAUUGAACAAAUGAAAGAUGUAUACAUUGUGCAAGAUCUUAUGGAGACAGAUCUUUACAAGCUCUUAAAGACUCAGCACCUCAGCAACGAUCACAUCUGUUAUUUUCUUUACCAGAUUCUGAGAGGGUUAAAAUAUAUCCAUUCAGCCAAUGUGCUUCAUCGUGACCUCAAACCUUCAAAUUUGCUGCUUAACACCACUUGUGAUCUCAAGAUUUGUGACUUUGGACUGGCUCGUGUUGCAGAUCCAGAUCACGAUCACACAGGAUUCUUAACAGAAUAUGUAGCCACACGUUGGUACAGGGCUCCUGAAAUCAUGCUAAAUUCUAAGGGUUAUACGAAGUCUAUUGACAUCUGGUCAGUAGGCUGCAUUCUGGCAGAGAUGCUCUCCAACAGACCUAUCUUUCCAGGAAAACACUACCUUGACCAACUUAACCAUAUCCUUGGUAUACUUGGAUCCCCUUCGCUGUUUCCGAAUGCUGACCCUAAAGCACUUGAUUUGUUGGAUAAAAUGUUGACCUUUAAUCCUCAUAAGCGAAUUGAAGUGGAGCAAGCUUUAGCCCAUCCAUAUCUGGAGCAGUAUUAUGAUCCAAGUGAUGAGCCUGUAGCUGAAGCACCCUUCAAGUUUGACAUGGAGUUGGAUGACUUGCCGAAGGAAAAGCUGAAAGAACUGAUUUUUGAGGAAACUGCUAGAUUCCAGCCAGGAUAUCGAUCUUAAAUUGUGCAUAGGACAAGGACUUAAAGGACUGGGCAUGCUCAAAUGUUGCUGUUCCUCUUCCCAGUUCUUUAUUGUUGGUCAUGUCUUGUGGCCUCUCUCAGCUUAUCCACUAACUUCUUUGAGCCAUUCAGAAGGGCAGUUUCUGGUAGUUUUGGCUUUUCAUGCUUUCAAUGAAUCUUUUAAGCCUGAAGAAUUGUAAUUGACACUCCUAUGCGUAAAUGCCCAUUGUUGACCUGUUGCAGUACUGUACUGUAAGUGCAUCUACUGCUGGCCGUAUUUUAACUGCUUGCUUUCUGGUUUGAAAGAUGCAGUGGUUCCUUUCACUCCUGGAUCAAUAACCAAGAAGAAAAUUCAUUAACCUAUAAGAACUAUGAACUAUGUUUUUUCUGACUUUACUGAAGUCGCUGGCAUUUUUUUAUUUUUUUAUUUUUUAUUUUUUAGAAAAGCUACUAUUCAGGGCACUUUAAGUCAGUGACAUCCCAGAUUUUUUUGCACUUCCUUUCUAGAUAGAAAUGGUUAGCAUCCAAUGGAAUUUAUACCAUUAUGCUAUGGAUUACAGCAUAAGUUGUGUUCAUGUUAAUCUUGCUUAUGCACUUGUUUGGGUGUCCUGUGCUGUAUAAACAGGUAUUCUAUACAGUGAAAUAGCCACAUAGGAACCCAACUUAAUUGAAUUCAUCUGAGAAACAUUAUUCCGUGUAUACACACAAUUUGUACCUUUUCUCCCUGCCUUUUCUAAAAGAGAUCAUUUAAAGUUUAACCAUGUUGGAGGUGUAGUACUUCCAAAGUUCAUACCAUGUAGUAGUGUUUAUAAGACUUGUGCAAAGAGAAUGAGUGGCAGCUUGCCAGCUUAUAUUUAUUCACUGUGUGGUGGAAGAUUAACAAAGACAUAAUGGCAUGAUGACCUAAUGGCAAAUGCUUUUCUCUGUGGAAGGCAUCCAUAUGUGGUGGUAAGUGAGAAACCAAAACAUGAUGUUAGUAAACUCAGUCUACAUACUGCAUACCAAUGAAAUGCUUCAAAGAGGAUGAUAGUUUUUAUAUUUGAAUCUAAUCACUGACGUUCAGAGUUCUUGCAGGGAGGAACACUGCAUCUUUAAAUGAGAAAGUUUGAAUUUACUUUUGCUCCUACAGCAUGUCAGCAUCUCAAGUUCAUUUCUUGCAACCUACACUAUGGUGAUUUGUAAUCCAGCCUCCAUGAGCUCGUGACAUGAAGUACUGUUCUGUUGUCAAGUACUAUCAAACUUUUCUGAUAAUGCUGAGUUAGGACAACCAAACAAAGCUAGCACUAAAUAAUGUUUAAAAUUGUAUACCUUUUAAUGAUCUUUUCAAGUAUUUGUUACUGAAAUUGUAUAAUGUGGAGUUUACUAGGUGUUAUGUUCCAGUGCAGUGCCUCCUUUUCUUUCCCCACUGCUCUCUGUGGUGAAAAAUUUGCCUUGUUUAAAAUAAUUACUGUGCCCUCGCAUGACUGUUAAAGCUUUCUGUGCAAAGAUGAUUGUCUAAGUGCCACAUGCCUAUGAUUGAGAAAAAAAAAAUCUAUUGUUACCUCUGAGUUGUGUUCAACUGAAAUGCUAUUCAACAAAUAACUUAGGAAAAUAGUUCUAUUUUUAGCUUUUCAUAUCUCUGCUGUCUUCUUCUCAUUUUAUUUUGGCAGCAGUGAAGAAUGGAUUGUAUAAAGACUGCUUGCUAAUAUGAACAAAAUGCACUUGUAAUUCCUGGAAAUAAAUUUAAACCUUAUAUCGUCACAUUAACAUUAAGAAUUAGUUUUUGGUUUCCUCUUGGGUAAUGUGUUUGAAUGGAAAUCAGGUUUAAUUGCUACUGUAGUAUACAAGGAUGCUUGCUGGUUAAUAACUCCAGGCUUCCUCAUACCACUUAGUCUGCUUUUCAAAGAAAUCUAGAAAGCCAUUAACUUAGACUUCAAUAGAUAAGGGUGCUUACAAGAUUCCAUUUCAAAACUUUCCUUUUCCUAUAGUUUAAGUGUUAGUCUGCCAAAACUAAUUUUUAAUAAGCAAGGGUUCAUCUUUAAAGGGCAUUUUCUAUUAGGAAGUUCCUGUGGUACAUAAAUCUCUGUCAUGUAGAGCAUAUUAGGAGCAUUGUCAGAACACUGCACAAUGAUCAUUGAAUUGUGAUGUGGAACCUAUGCUAAAAACAUUUCUAUAGAAAUAUGCACUUGACUGUUGAUACUAGUGUAGAAGUUCUCUUGACAUUUCUACACAUCUUUACCAAAAUGCUUUUCUCACUCAGUUUUGAAAAGUUGAACUAUUUCUAGAAUCUCUGCUACUUGUACGAUCGUUGUGACUACAGGAAUAAAUUUGGCAUGGUUGAAAAGAUGACUGUUACUGAAAAAUUAGUUUGUGACACCUCAAUUUUAAUUUAUUAAGGAAGAACUUUGGCAGCUUAAUUCCUCUUUCACUUUCCCCAUUCAUUUUUAAUAGUUUCUUUAAUUGCGGAUUUUUGGGGAGGUAUAGACUUACCCUUAAAUUCUGACCCUUGGAAUGAGGAGCCAAGGGUUUGCUUUACUUAACAUCUGGUGCUUUGGGGCUUUCUUCCUUAGCAAUUAUUGCUGAAUCAAAUUGGCAUCCAUCAGUAUCAGUAAUUGCUUUCAUCAGUGUUUUACUGAAGUCAAUAAACAUUGUUGAGUUGAAUUUGUUGAUGUGUUAAAUGCAGAAGCAUGAUUUUUUUUUUUGUCAGAUUUGGAAAAUAAUUUUAAAGACGGUGCCUAUAAUAACACUGUGUUAUGUCAAUUAUUUCAUAAUUUCACAUUUUUUUUCUUUAUCUAGUCUGUAUUUGUAGAGCAGAGAACUGAAACACAAAUGAAGUGACAUGCAUAUUUCAUGGUAAAGAUGUUUUGGGAAUAAGGAAUGUAAACAGUUGACUGUCAAAAACAUUCCAACCUUAUAGCUGAAGAAAAAUAUGCAAAUAUAUAAAAUUCUCAUGGAUGCUUUGGCAAAUUAUCUUAUUCUGCUAUCCUGACUGUCACCAGAAUCUUCCUCGUCAAUAUUACACGUUAUAUAAAAUUUUAAGUGUACAACACGCUGCAUGGGUUGCGUGGUGUGGUACACUAUGAGCUUUCAGGAGUAGCAGGUGAUUAUAAAACUGAGCAGUGGCCAAAUGAAACCCAAGGAGCUUAGCAUGGUUUUCCUUGCAGAAUGGGAAAAAGAAAAACCUGUUGUUGCUGCCCACUGUUAUAUGCUAUGAUAUAUUUAUACCAUGUCGAAGUUGUUUGCUGAGCAACUGUACUAUAGAUUUAAACUUUAUUAAUAUAUAUUUGCUUAUGUUAGCAUAGUUUAUAUAGUCCUUGGUUAUUGAUAAAUUUAUUGUGUUGUUACAGCGCAGUGAUAUGGUAUAAAUAUAGGUCUAUACAUACACACAGUAUACACAUGAAUUUGGUCCCUUGCAUAGUACUUUUAUAUUUGUACAGCAAUGUCUUCAAGCAAUCCCAGAUUUUAGGGGAAAUAUUUUUGUAAAUGCAGUGGUUUAAACAAAAAAAAAAAAGUCCAAUCAAUCCUUUUACUAAGUUUUAAAUACAUUUGUGCUUUAAAAUGGUUUAGUUGACAAUUGAAAUCAAGACACUAAAUUAGUGAAAAGUGCACAUUAGUAAAGUGAAGCUUGCAAUGAUUUUUGUAGCAUGUGCUGUGAUCAAACUAAGUGAAGCAUUGGAGGAAAAGUAAAAGUUGGAAUACCUUUGUAAAUCUAGAACAAAUUUCUAACGGUUGCAGCUGGUUUACUUACUAUUGUUGCCUUUUCUUGUGUUGUAUCAGUGUAGAGCACUCUUAAAAUACUCAGACUGCUUUGUCUUUGCUUUGUACUGUUGGUGCCUUCUUAGUCAUGUACCCCAGAAGUCUUGCAUAGCUACUUUAGUUAAUGGUAAGUUUAAAAUAAGAAAGCAAAGGAAGAUUUUAUUAAAAAAAAAAAGACAAAAACAAAACAAAAACAUUUUCUGUAUGUUCUUAUUCAUUGUAACAAUUAAACGUUUAUAUCGUGACAGAUUUGUGAUUUGGUUAAUCUGUAUAGAACAACUGUAAGUAGCAAAGGUUUAUAUUUCGUCUUAUUCUUUUGAUGUUGUAAACGUAUGUGAUUUUCUUUUUUUAAAUCAGAUAACUUAAUGUUCUGUUUUGUUUUUGGCAUCUGAAUCUUGUAAAAACAAACGCAAAGAAAAUCAUUAAAUUGUGUCCCUGUAUUACCAAAUCAGCAUAGUACUGUGCAUAUAUAGAAUGACUGGAAUUUUGCUUUAAAAUGAACUGCUGUUCCAAAAACUAUAAAUAUGCUGUGUAUUACUUUAACUUAUCUAAAAUAUUAAUAUCACUUGAACCCUGCAGUAGUGAGUAGCCUACAUUAAUAUUGUUAAAUACACAAGUAUGUUUAUUCCAGUGUAUGAUGCCAGCUGGAAAUUACAAUGGAGGAAGCCAUCUGAAAAAAUUAUAGGUAAAGCUUCUCUAUAGACAAGCAAAAGUAUUACAUCUUCAUGGCAAGGAAAUUAAGAAGUCAUCAGUAUUUUGAACUACUGAGCACACAAAGUAAUGCAAAUGGUUUUCAGUGUACCUGAUGAUUCAGAGACUCUCUUGACAUUCUUUAUAUUGCUGUUCAUUUAGGUGUAGCCCUGUUCCCAGAAAGUCUUAAAAAGAAUUACUUGAGCAGUCCUUAAAGACCAAAUGUUUUGAUUUUCCACAAAAAAUUCAUCUUGGGCCAAGGUUUGAAGUAUUUCUGGGAGCAAUGCAAGUAAGCUUACCUUGCUGGGUUUUUUUGUUUGCUUGUUUGUUUUUUAUGAUUUGUUAGCCUAAAGUCAGACUGUGCCGAAGAACUGAGCUCUAAAAAGUUUACUUGGAUAAUAGCCACUAGAAACUUCUCUAAUUAAUGUGAAAACAUAGAAAAUGUGACCUGAAACUAAGGAGAGUUUAGCAGUAACUGACAGAUAUGUAACAACUCUCUGAAAAGUGGCUUGUUAAAAUUCUUCACUCCAUAUUUUCUCUGGCUUUCACACCAGAGUAUGUUCCCCCUCCCCCUCCCCGAAUAUUAUAGAAUUUCACUUUGCCCUAGAUAGGUUUAUGCAUGCUCUUUCUUUGUUACUGACGGUAGCUGCCUCUCAUUUUCUUUGUUCCAUCUAGCAGAACUCUGUGUAUGCAGUAAUUUGCACUUCGGUGAUUUACUUUUAGAUAUAAUUAAACUGCAACUUGUCUCCACUGAGGUUUUGACAAGCUGAUGAUUGACUUGACACUCUUGUAAUACUCAAGUACUUAAGUAGAUUUAGUUGAGAUAUUAUGCAUCUUUCCUGCAUUCUGCCAGAAUUGGACACUGAUCCUUUCUAUCUCUAAGCUUGAAGUGUAAUGGGCAGUCUUAAACUCCUGGAGUCAAAGACUCUGGAGAUGAGCACUUUGGUCUGGGCACAGGCUUAUGGCUUGUCUGGGCUGUGCUGUUUCAGUUAGAGCCCCCUGGACACUGCAGGUUGAACCCCAGAGCUGGGGCAAGGGUUGCACUCAGAUGUACACUCCCACUUACGAAGGCUUAUGAGGAACUGUUUUUGAAUAUAAGACAUUUAUUUGAGUAGAUAUUAGCGUAGAUUUGAUGGAAUCAAGCUUUGUAGAGCUCUGAUCGCAGUACUCUCUGCAGACCACAGAUUUACACUUCACUUUCAGUUAUUCUUUUUACUAAAUUGUGUAUAUAUAACACUUGAGAGUUAUAAGAAAAACAUUUGAAGAGAAGACUUACACACUUGACCACGUUGAUACAUGCCAGGUCUGUGGAUAGUUAUCUUGCUCUGAUGUGCCUUUUGUCCACAGGCAAAAUUCUUCAGUCAGCUUAAGAGGAGUUCUAGAGCAGGAACUCUGGCCUGUAGGAAGGUUUUGGUUAGUCUUCAGAACAAGGUCCCAGCACUGUGCAAGGUACAAGAGGUAACCAGUGUUAAAUCCCUAUCCAAAAUAUGGUCCCACUCAUGCUGUGUUCAUGUAAAGGCUAAUCGUGGAAGUUAUAUAUAAGGAUUGUCCUGUAAAUGCUAUAUCCUCCCUCUUUCCCCUUUAUAAAUGACCCACACUUAAGACUUUCCUUCCAGGUGUUUUCCAGAACUCUGCCAGUUCUUUCAGUAUAUCUUGCCAUUGACAAAUUGUCUUCCUCUUUGUCUUCCUAUUCAAAGUGAGGCUAAAGUUCCAGUGGUUCCAAAAAUCGUUCUUCUGUGGAAUUCAUGAAACUUCUGACAAUAAACAACAGCUUACUGAUCUCAUUAGUUAAACUGAUGUAAAUCCACUGAAGAGGUAAGCAGGAAAACUGGGAGCUGUGCUCAAACUUAUCAGAAGCAUGCUGCUUGAUAACUGUAUCUUGAUUUCUGGGAAGGCAAUAUAAAAACAGAUACAAGGAACAGAAAGGAAUGAUGAAUUUAGUUAAAAUGUACCAUGAAACGAAAAAGUUUUUUGAAUUGCUUGAGAAAGCAAGAUAGAACAUAACCAUGAAAACUAGGGGAUUUUUUUCACUGCUUUGCUGUGGUGAUGGUACAGUUUCUCAAACCUUUAGAUAGAGCAUGUCACCUGAGUAUACAACUGCAGUUGAAACCAGAAAACAGCUUGUCUGGUUCCACCACGUACUCUUCUGCUCCUGUAGUUCUCAACAGCCUUUUGGAUUAAUUAGAUCUGAUAUAUCCAUCAGUUCCACUGAGUUUCUUUGUUGCUGUUGGAAGCUUCAUCCUGCAGUCUGAUAGUCCCUGGUUCAAAUGUUUCUCUUUCUGACUCUAAAUUUUUCAAUACCUUGUGAAUAAGAGAAAUUUCCUGCUAGCUACUUCUCUAGAUUGCCCUUCAUCUUCCUCUCACUAUGUUUAAAAAAAAAAUUGACCAAACAAAAAAAAUUUAUCCUUAAGUUCCUUCCCUUUCCAUUGAAUUCAUUGGUAUGGCAGACAAAUAUGUGUGAUCCUUCUAGCUCCUCAUUUCACUCAGUACAGAAGUAGCUUAUGUGUGUGCGUGAAGACUUAAAAAAAAAAAAAAAAAAAAAACCCAACUCUGAAAAUAUUUUCAAUUUCUGAUUUCCUGGAAAAGACCAAGCAAAACUGCCUUGGUAGUGUGUUGAAUUUCCAGCAUUUUUUCAUCUAAAGAUAUAGAGUUUUAAAAAAACUGAUUUUGAGUGUCUUCCUGAGCUGAAGAUGAGUUUGUGUGUCUCUUUCAACUGUAUCAGUUUGCCUGCUAAAAUACUACAUCGCCAUGUCUCCAGCAUCCCUAAUGCAGACACCUGAUGAGUCUGUACUGGCAAUGUGGUCAUCUGUCAGGUGAGGAAAUGCUUUCUGUUGCUGCUCCUAGUGGGCUCACUGAUCUUGCUGAGUUGCCAUCUUCCAGCAAUGCUUCUCUUCCUCAGGGUUUUGUACUUUUUCAUGUUGGUGUUUUUCUCCAGAGUCCUUUGACUACUGUGACUGACUCAACGACUUCUUUAUCUUGCAUGGCUAUAGCUUACCUACAUGCUCACAGCUCAACUUGGUUGGUUGGUUGGUUCUUUCUUUUUUUUUUUUUCCUUCUGUAAAGCUGAGCCAAGGACACUGCUGUGCUUCACAGAGCUGGGCCCUGAGUUUAAGACAGCUGAAUCCUGGGCUGCUGGUUGUGCUACAGCUGCUGGCUCUAGGGAGAAGGCUUGUGCAGAACAGCUCCUCUGCUGCAUUCAGUCAUUCCAAUACCUGGGAUAGCACUAACUAAGGCAUUGCACAGAGCUGUGAUCUGUUAACUUCACCUUACAAUCUUAAUGCUGCACUUAAAUACACAAUCCAGAAAUAACCAUGGAAAAUUUUAGUUCAUCUAGUCACGAUGCAUGCUUCAGGACUUCUGCAAACUAUUUUCAAAAUUCAGGCUUCUCUAGCAACCUCCUCUCUCCUCCCCCCCAUCCAACUGUAAGAAAAUUCCAAAUAAGUUUAAAAAAAUUUGUUAUUACGAAAAGAUUUGAGAUGCACUUCAGUUUUGUUAUUACAUCCAAGACUAAACAGCUUGUUUGGAAGAUGUUUUUCUGCCUUAAAACUGCAAAUGUAAAAAUGCUGAGUAUUCAGAAUUUUGGCUUGACAUUCACUGAAAUAAUUACAUCACAAGUGAGCUGAAUAAUUCAGGGUAAGGUUUUUUUUCAGUCAAACAUUUUCCCUAGCCUGCCUUAUUUAGCUUUAAUUUCAGCAGCUAGCAGUUAUGAGAGAGGAAAUCUUGACUGAAAAGCCUAUGUCCUUUUCUGUAUUCCUGGAAGUGUUAAAAUUCACAAAUACCCUUAUUUGUAAUUGAAACAUCUGAAGAGUUCAAACUUCAGAUUUUUUAUGUGUUCCAAUGUUUUUAAAAACUUCUUUGUUAGUUUUUGUACAUAUAUAUUCAAUUUGCAGGCUUUCUAAAUAGGCAUGCCACUGAAAAAUGGAUGUGGGGGGACAAACACACCUUUUUCAGGCCAAAUUACUCAAAAAUAGUUCAGUGCAUUUUGCUGAUGUCACUACAGCUAUAUGUUCUAACUCACUGUUUGCUCUAGCGUGCAGCAUAUACAGAGCAGUCUAGCCAAAAGUGGGGAUUAGGAAAAACACUAGUCAUUGCAUAAGCAUCCUUUUGUAGGUAAACUUAAUUUUUUUAUGCUCUGUUUUGAGGGUAGAUUUUAGUAUUUUGAGAGAAUGUAUUAAGCUGUUUUUACUGCUAACUUGAUUUUUCUCUAAGGAUAAUAUGUCAUUAUUGCAGCAUGGCAAAGGUCUGCAUCAUUCAUGUCUGCUCAACUUAAUCACUGGUUUUCUCCUUGUGACAAUACAUGACGUUGUACCAAAAGCAAUCUAUCCUGUGUGUAGUUAGCAGUGGAAGUAAUUACUGUGCAGCCUUUAUUUUUGUUGUCUUUCCAUUGGCUAUCACUAGUGCGGAUUGUAUGCACUGAGAGUUGCGCCAGGCUAUUCAAGCUGCUGAGGGUAAAAAAGGUCCCAAGUAAUAUUUGUUUAUUUUCUGGAAGCUGCUGCUGUACCUUGAAAGCGGAGAUGGGUUGCAUCUGAUGCUCCAUUAAGCUUAUUUUCUUCCAAGUCUGUCAUCAGAAUACAUCCAGAUCUAGAGAGUUUCCCUGGACUUGCUCUGCCACGUUUUUCCCUUUGAAAAAGACCCAAGCUCAACACCAGCAUCAUUAGAGACAAGGAUUAUAAGAGAGCAGAAGGGCUAUUUUCCCUGCUUGGUUUUGGGAUUCUGCUAAACUACGCUCUACCUUAUUAGAUCCCGGCACUCUAAAAGGAAUGGUGGAAUACUGCAGCUGAUUUUGCUCACUGACUCUAUCUCGAAACUAGAUAAGCACGCACAGGCGAUAUGCAAUGCAUGCAAGCUCUCUCUAGUCCUUAAGAUCUGUACCUCCUGGCCCCCCAUAGCAGUUUUGCACUACUGGCUCUAUAAGCAAAUCAGCCCUGGAUAACUUUCCUUUUAAAGAGGGCACCUUUGUUUUUCUUUUCCCGGUGCUCAAAAGGACAAAGUUUGAGGUAGUUUUCUCCCUACCACUUGCAUUUGACUGCUAGUGUGCAGUAUUCACCGUAAUAAAGUGACACUGUGCAAAAAUUUUAUUGCUCUAAAAAUAACAAGAGUGAAGAAUUUGCUCCUCUCAGCAUGUAUUCCUCCUUGCUUUCAAAAAAGCUGUGGAAAAACAACUUAUAACUGAAUAGCUUUUCUGCAUUCUUCGUGCACGUUUUCCUCUGCUGCCUCCUAGUCUUCUCUGAUGUGACUUAUUUUACUGCUAAUGGUGUUUUACAGACUGUAGUACUACAGGUGUCUUACGGUAACUUGCAAAUAAAACUAUUGUGAACACAUGGUCAA